UUUACGCCGCGCUGCCGACCCCUUGGAGUCUGCGAACCCAAAGGUGACUGCUGCAGUGCAUCGACACUCUCUACAGCCACAUCCAUUGCGACGGUGUUGUUGGCGGGGCCCGGCGGGGUGGAUUUGAUAUCACCCGCGGGGUCCGGCAGGGGUGCGGUUUGUCGGUUCUGUUCUUCGUGGUAGCUAUCGACGUGCUGAUGCGACGGCUCUCCCGGCUUCUCCCAGACAGCACCCUACGCGGCUAUGCCGACGACCUUGCGCUGGCCACUCGCAACGUUUGGCGCGACGUCUUGAUUCUGGAGCCUUUGUUUUGUGAUUGCGAGAGGAUCUGAGGUCUAGUCCUGAACACAAAAGAAGUCAGUCCUCGUGCCACUCUAUCCUGCUACUGUCGAUGAUUCCCGGACGCGCCUUACCAAUGUCGCCCUUUUGUGGGGCUCAUUCAAGAUUGCGUUUCAGGCCAGGUACCUCGGAUUCGUCCUGGCCCAGGACGGGGUGAACUUACUUGGGCCGCCGCGACGGCGAAGUUUCUGGAGCGGUCUUCAGUAUGGCGGGCUGCGAGCGCAGGACUGCUGCACAUGAUUGAGGCGUUCCACGUCUUCAUCAUGUCCGUCAUGCUUUUCCCGGCCCAGUUGGACCCCCUGCCGACCAAUUACGACGAUCUCGAGAACAAAGCCUUGCGGCAGUUAUUCCCUGGACCCCGCGGGUGGUUCACCACGCAGGUCAUGAAGUCGCUGCGGCAUGUUGGAUUUCCGAAGGAGCUGCCUGAUGACCUGCAAUCCGCUGCAGUCGCGGCGCGGGCCCGCGUCGCUCUUCAUGAGAAUGCCCCCGAAGGCGGACUUCGAGUGCGCACCCGGCUGUCCAAUCUUAGGCGGCUGAUUUCGGACAGCGACAACAUCUUACGACGUGCCCGCUAUGCGGACUGGGUUAAUGGUCGUGUUAUCUUCUCCCUGGAUGUUGGAUACUCUCGACUCCCACGUUACGGACGACCCGGUGUUCACUGACGUGCAGCAUCCAGGUCAUGAGCGUGUCGGCGGGCAGGCCAAAUUCACGAUUCUUGUUCGACCCCACGUGAACACGCUGCGUUGGUGCAUCCACGUCGCCGGCUGGAUCGGUGGACCUGUACAACAUUACGCGGCCACCGAGCGGGGCGGCUUUUGCAACAUACCCAGAGGCUGACCACGAUGGUUGCCCCAAGGGGUUUUUGCGGCGAUGCUUCGCACUGCUUUGGAUGGUUGGGUCAUGUCUACGCGGGUUCGUUCCGUGCCAUCUUGUGUCCUUGGUUGCGGAGGCCCUAAUUCCAAGUAUCACUACCCCGGCUGCAGGAUGUACCGCGACCUCUGUUCCGGGUACUUGGGCCUCACCAGGCCGGCUGCUCAGUUUCUCACAGAUGAUUUUGUCGGGGUGCAUGCCGCGUCUUCGUCGCGGGCGAACCCUAGCUUGGACAACGGAGAGGUUCAUGCCCUCAGGGCGAUUGCUGUGUAUGCGCUAUACCGGGUCCACGGGGCGGUACGGCAUGUAGCUGACAGGGCCGAUGCUUCAGAGCUGUUUCGUGGAUCGUGGGGCAGGCCACGGAGCUCCACCCGAAGUCGCGCGCGCUCGUGAGCCGGGCCUUCAAGCGAUCCCGAGGCGUGGCCUGAGCCCUCGCCCGCCCCGUUCCUCCUCCCCCCCUCCUCCUCCUACUUCCCCUUUUCCCCUUUACCAACAGUAACACGGCGUAACACAUGUCACGAUGUCGGUGCGCCGUCACAUUUUCUUCUCGGGGCGGAAAUUCGGGCGGUUAUUCGCCAGAGAUAUGCUUGUUAGGGUCCGUGUCGGGUUCGGAGAGACCGUUUCCGACCCAGCACUGUCCAGCAUUAGCCCUGGGCUUGGGCUCGGAAGGUCGGGUCACGAGCGGUGCCAGGGGGCUCAGACUGUAAUCGUGCACCCUCGUUUCAAGCUUCACCCGCCUCAGCCGUCGGCCGCCCUCCAGCCACCAACGUGUUCAGAUGGCAUGCGGCAUGCCGGUGCCGUUUGCUGUGCUCCUGUGUGUUCUUCGCGACGUGUUCAAUCCAUUUGCGUUUUCUUAUCUUAGUGUCCUUGCUGUCCCGUGGUUGGCCGGGGCGCGCUGGGCAGUGCACGGGUGCCAAUCGCGGGAGUCGUGGCAGUUCUCCCCUCCCUUCGCUCCCCCUUUCCCCCUCGCCCUCUCAUCCGCCCCAGGUUCAUUGUUUUCGUGGGCCGGUCCCGGCCCGCGUUAAUAUCUAGUGUCUUCAGCCUCUGCGCGCCGCUGCUGGUCGCGCAUUCGGGCCUCAGGCCAGCUGGGUUUGGGCAG